CUAGCUGGACCUAGACCUUCUAUAUCUCCUCAUUUUCAUCUCAAAUUCCCAUCCUCCUCCAUUAUUAUUGCUACAAUUACUACAUCCGUUUGAAAAUUUUCACAUCUCUACUCUUUCCGUUUUCCAAAAUUUAAUGGGUCUGGCUAGAGAGUGAUGACCACUCUACCCCACCCACCAUCACACAAAUAAGCAAGCGUUGCCGACAAUAAAUUCAUCACGUAAUAAGAAUUAUUCCAUAAUUUAGUAAGAAAUACAAAACUGGGUCUGUGAUUGUGAGAUUUCCUUUUGUGGGACGUUGUUGUCUGGAUCCAAUCGUUUUUGUCUUUUUUUUUUCCCUAAGUUUUAAUGGGAGAAAAAAAUAAAAGAAAGUAGAUAAUAAUUAAAUGCUGUUUUAUACGUGAACAUGAUAGUAUGUGGAUGUGGUGAUGGUUUCUUAAUUUGUUUUUUCUCGUUUUGAGUGGACAUUCAUAACUAAUCUUCAUAAAACACCAACAACAGAUCUUCUUCUUUAUCUGUGCACUGGGAUUUCCAAAUUUCUUUAGGGAAAAAUGGGUAUUCUGAGUAGUAUAUUGGGUUUCUUUGGUUUUGGUUUCGGAAUGGCUUUUGGACUGGUGAUCGGAUACUAUCUUUUCAUCUACUUUCAACCUUCUGAUGUCAAGGAUCCUCUCAUUCGUCCGCUGCUUGAGCAAGACACAGAGACUCUGCAGAGAAUGCUUCCGGAGAUACCCCUAUGGGUGAAAAAUCCAGACUACGACCGUGUUGACUGGCUCAACAAAUUUAUUGAACUAAUGUGGCCUUAUCUGGACAAGGCAAUUUGCAAGACUGCAAAGACCAUAGCGAAGCCUAUUAUUGCCGAGCAGAUUCCAAAAUACAAAAUCGACUCGGUUGAAUUUGAAACACUUACCUUGGGAAGCUUACCACCAACAUUUCAAGGUAUGAAAGUUUAUCUCACCGAUGAAAAGGAGUUGAUUAUGGAACCUUGCUUAAAAUGGGCCGGGAACCCAAAUGUCAUUGUUGCCAUUAAAGCAUUUGGACUGAAAGCCACUGUGCAGGUGUUGGAUUUACAAGUUUUUGCUUCACCCCGUAUUACAUUGAAGCCGUUGGUCCCUAGUUUUCCGUGUUUUGCCAAAAUCCUUGUGUCCCUUAUGGAGAAGCCACAUGUUGACUUUGGAAUAAAGCUUCUUGGGGCAGAUGUGAUGUCGAUUCCUGGCUUGUACAGAUUCGCACAGGAGCUUAUCAAAGAUCAGGUUGCCAACAUGUAUCUAUGGCCCAAAACCCUUGAAGUACCUAUUAUGGAUCCUGCAAAAGCUGCAAAAAGGCCUGUUGGGAUUCUAAAUGUUAAGGUUGUAAGGGCUACAAAACUUAAAAAGAAAGAUCUCAUGGGAGGAGCAGACCCUUAUGUGAAACUAAAGCUCACUGAGGAUAAGCUUCCAUCAAAGAAGACGACUGUCAAACGCAAGAAUCUGAAUCCUGAAUGGAAUGAAGAAUUCAACGUUGUUGUCAAAGACCCACAAUCUCAAGCUUUAGAGCUGAAUGUUUUUGAUUGGGAACAGGUUGGGAAACAUGACAAGAUGGGAAUGAAUGUCAUUCCUCUUAAGGAUCUUACUCCUGAAGAAACAAAAGUUCUGACUCUUGAUCUGCUGAAAAACAUGGAUCCCAAUGAUGCUCAAAAUGAAAAGUCACGCGGACAGAUCGUCGUGGAAGUUAUAUAUAAGCCUUUCAAGGAGGAGGAUAUGCCAAAAGAUAUAGAAGAGUCAAACGGCGUGGAAAAGGCUCCUGACGGAACACCUUCUGGUGGAGGUUUGCUUGUAAUUAUAGUUCAUGAGGCUCAAGAUGUCGAAGGGAAACAUCACACAAACCCCUACGUACGGAUCACUUUCAGAGGAGAGGAGAGGAAAACUAAGCAUGUCAAGAAAAACAGGGAUCCUAGAUGGGAUGAGGAGUUUCAGUUUACGCUGGAGGAGCCACCCACUAAUGACCGAUUACACGUAGAAGUUGCCAGUACCUCAUCAAGGAUGGGUUUGCUUCAUCCUAAGGAAAGCUUGGGGUAUGUGGAGAUUAACCUCGCAGAUGUUGUCAGCAACAAAAGAAUAAAUGAGAAGUACCAUCUCAUAGAUUCAAAAAAUGGACGCAUUCAAAUUGAGCUGCAAUGGAGAACUUCUACAUGAGAUGCUUAGACCAUGCCAGUUGGGGUAGUACUUAUGUCACUCUUUGAUUGGAUUUCUAUGCUUGGAGGUUGGAUGGUGUUUGACUCUAGUGUAGGGCAUCAUCACCUUUUGCUUUCUAGUGUUUGUGCAUCUUUGUAGUUUCAGGAGACCCAAUAAAUUGCUUGUUUUUUCAUUGCCUGCCUGUGUGCGUAAUAGAGCUAAUUGUGAAAAAUGAAUAGAGCUUCAGCAUUUGGUUUAGUGUGAUUUUUGAAAGUAAUAUUCUUUGCUCGAUCUUUAA